UGUGGCAGAACGCCUUCGGAAACUUCAUUUUCGCCAGUCCAAUCUAGGCCUGGAUCGGACUACCGGCUACCGCGCAUGUGUCGAAAUCCAAAGACCAUGAUACCAUGAGCCAGUUCUAGUCUAAAUGGGCUUGCGGCUACAACCAUGAGCAACCUCCACGCGCCCACGGUCCCUUCGGGACCGACAACAGCGCGCAUCGCAAAUGGAAAUGCAACCCAGCUCUCCAUCGCCGAACUCCAACGGAAGAAGGAUAUCAUUGAAGGGGAGCUCAAGGCACUUGGUGGUGUGCUCGAUUCGCACGGUGUUGACAUGAACACCAACCUUCUUACCCCCGAUGGAUUCCCACGAGCCGACCUAGAUGUGGCACAAAUACGGACAACGAGAGCAAGAAUCAUCCACCUCCGGAAUGACUGGAAGGAUCUGAUGGCCGUGAUCGAAAAGCGACUGCAUGAGCACUUUGCCAGUCUGGAUGACGACGACAAUGAAGAACCCGUCGCUCCCGCAAACGCGAACAUUCCGCUUCCGGCAGACUCAAUACCCGAGACGCUGGACCAGCCUUUUGCCAAGGUCAAUACGGUGGUGGACAAUAGCCCGGCCGCGACCGCGGGUCUUAAGCCCGGUGAUCUAAUUCGAAAUUUCGGCUAUGUCAACCACGAAAACCAUGAUGGUCUCAAGAAGGUGGCCGAGUGUGUCCAAGGCAACGAAGGGCAAAACAUCCUCGUCAAGGUCUCUCGAAGCAGCGGAGGUGCAAGACCGCAGGAACUCCGGUUAACGUUGACGCCGCGACGUAACUGGGGCGGCCGGGGAAUGCUCGGGUGCCAUAUCUUGCCACUGUGAAACCGAGUUGUUUGAUGUUGGGAGGUUGGUUGGGCUCGCAGGGCCCUUGGGCCAUGAUCGGGGGACCUGAAGCUGGUCCCACCGCAGCCCAAGCGAAGUCCUUGGGGCUGCACAUUCGAGAAUCAGGCAUCUCCGCGAGAGAUCCUGGAAGAAAUCGCAAUAUGGAGGUAACAGGCUCGAUGCUCCCGUCUGCCAUCGGCACCAGCAAGCUUCCAUGACCGAUGGCCUGACCAAUUGGCAAGCGGUUGGGGGGGCUUCUAAUCAGGGCAGAACUAUGGUCAUCGCAUCCGCAAAGAUUUCGAAAGUCCUUGGGAAAUGACCAUUGCAAGAUAUAAAAUUGAAUGAAUGGAUGAUUUCUGUCACGGUUGCAGGGGCACGUGCUGUCAAAAGACGGUGAAAGUAGAAUCUUCCAUUAUAUUAUGGUUUCCUAAGUACCUUAGAUAAGAAGGGCACCUUGUAAGCUAGAGGUAAGGCAGUAUGCACGGAC